UCUCCCCUCUCGUUGCUAUGCAUCACCAUGAUCUUGCGUGUGCGUAGGAAUUUUUUUGAAAUUACUACGUUCCCCAACAGUGUUUUCUGUAUGAUCAAAAUUUCCACUAAUUUAGUACCACAUGGGAAAUCAGUGAAUAAAUAUAAUACCAUUUAUUUCAUGUCAGUAGAGCUGGAAAAGGGUAGGGUCGAGUUGGGCUUGGUUUCAUUCUCACUUCUGAGUCGGGCUUGGUUUCAUUCUCAGUUUCGAGUCGGGCCGUGGCUCGGCUGUUGAGCGCUACGUGUCAGAGGCGGGUCGCACAUCUCGCCUACUUCCAUCUAUAUAUGCAGCUACCCACGGUACACGAUCAAGGACUAACGUAGCAUUACAAAGAGAUAGGGGCUACCUAGAGAUUUUACAUACGCUCUCGAGACGACGCUCGCUCACUCGAUCUUUGGAUCAUCAUCAAUGGGGUCCGCAGCACUGUCGUCGGUGGUGCGGAUGAUGAUGAGGAAGCUUAGCGGUCAGCACAUCGAAGAGGAGCGCGACGCCUCCAUCAUCUGCCACGUCCACCACACCCUCCGCCACUACAGCGCCACCAACCCAGGCUCGAAUUUCGUCCCCGUCAAGCCUCUCAUGGCCGCGUACGUGGGUUUCCAAAGCCACAUCUGGGCCCACGUCAGCUUCGUGGCUCGCAGGAAGAAGAACGCCAGCAGGAAACGGAGGCGCAACCAGGCCAACGACACGGACAAGACCUUCUUUGCCGAGCUGCGCUAUAGCCACCACCACUCCGGCGCGCCGACCGUCGAAGCAUGUGCCAUCAUCGAGAAGUCAUCAAGCCACAGCCACUUGAAAACCGCGUGUGCAUUUUGCCCCAAGAGCUUUUAUAUUUUGCAAACAAAGGGCGGGGUUUCACACAUUUCACGAACCUGCUUGAGUUGCUGUAAACAUGCCCCACGGCCAGCGGAGAAGGCAAGGAGGAUGCGGCAGCCCCAAAGGAGCAGGAGGAUGAGGAUGAGGAGGAGGAGGAGCAUAGUAGCACCCUAAGCAGGGCUGCCCUCCCCUUUCAUUUUCUUGGUAAUCUUAUUACAAGGGUUUUUCCGGCCUUUGAAGCUAAGCAUAUGGACUAGAUCAGGAGCAAAGCUAGCGGGAAGUUAAUGCCAUGAGUUCAUGUUA